AUGAGAGACACCGAGGCUCCACCUCCUUGCGUUGCGCACAUGAACACAUCAAACAGCCGAAGCGAAAUGUCGCUUAUUUCACUGACUCGAGCAUCCUUUGCUUCGUCACCCAGGUCCCGACCUGUCCCAGAUUGUUGGAUGUCUCCCAGCAGCAACGCCAGCAGCACCACCGGCAGAGAAGACAUUCUUGGAAUCCUUGAGUCCGCUUUGGAGGUGAUCCGUCAUGACGUUCCCAUUUCGUCGGAUGACCUCGAUUUCCGUUCUCUUUCCAGCAAACGUUUCUCCAACCGUAACGUUGGCGAGGGGCGAAAACAGUAA